UUAUCAAUGUAUGUUAGAUAUACUUCAGCAAUGGUGGAUAUAAAUAGUUCGUUUAUAACUACAUAAUUAAUUCGACCGUCAACUUCAAUCAUGAAAGUUCUCAUAGUUCUUGUAGCCUCCAUGGCAUUGUGUGCCAGCAAUGCCAUUCCCUCGGUUCCCGGUGAUAACAGCCACUAUGUAGAAGGUGAGAGCCGCUACAUCUGGAUGCCAGAUGGAGAGGGCGUGCCGCAUCUAGUAGACCUGGAAGAGCCUGUCGACGAGGCUAUACUAAGCUCUCGUAAUGGAGCAAACAAUCAGUAUUGGUUAUAUACCAGGCAAAAUCCUAACAAUGCUCAAAUUUUGGUACACGGUAAUGCUAACUCUAUUUGGAACUCCAACUAUGUCAGUAGCAGACCUUUAAAAGUUGUUGUCCAUGGAUGGAAUGGUGAUGGAAAUUCAGCUAUGAAUCCUCUUAUCACAUCUGCGUUUCUUGCUGUGCAAGAUGCUAAUGUGAUUGUGGUAGACUGGCGUGCUCUGGCUAAUUCAAAUUAUUUGACUGCUGUUAACGGUGUACCUGAAGUAGGCCAAUUUCUAGGAAACUUCCUCGUAUGGCUUAUUAACACAGCUGGUGGAAAUUGGAACAACGUGCAUUUCGUUGGAUUCAGCUUAGGCGCUCACGUAGUAGGAAACGCUGGCCGACAGGCUAGUGGGCGACCGGCUCGUGUUACUGGUUUGGAUCCAGCUGGCCCCUCCUGGAAUGGAAACCCAAACGCUUUGAACAGAAACGCGGGGCAGUACGUGGAAGCCAUUCAUACUGAUGGUGGUCUUCUCGGUAUAUUCACGCCUUUAGCAGACGCUGACUUCUACCCCAACGGUGGAAGGAACCCUCAGCCUGGUUGCUGGAUUAGUACCUGUUCUCACAGCCGUGCACCGGAACUGUUUGCGUCUAGUGUGCGUACUAAUCACUUCCAAGGGAGAUUAUGUGCCAACAUCAACCAGGCAGAAAAUGUGCAAUGUAGCGGUGGUGUUUUAAAUAUGGGCAAUGGUGUUGUCUCUAAAAGAGGAUCCGGUCUCUUCGGUCUGUCAACUGGAAGUUCAUGGCCUUUCUAAUAUUAAAUUAUUAAUAUAAAUAUGUU